GGGCUCUCUCUCUCCACUUUCUCGAGUCUCUAGUAAUCACUACGAACUAUACGUACACUUAUACGUACUAUUUCCAGUAGGCCGGUAGCUGCGGCCCAAGGAUGUGGCCCCCGCAGCCGCUUGCUUUCUUGUUCUGCUAGGCUGCCAAUGAACCCUCAGGCUCCCAAGCACCAAAGAAUAAGUUUCACUUUUUUGCCGACAUCGCCUUUUUGAAUCGCAAGGAUCCCUCUACUAGCAGAUUGCAUAGGAUGUUGGGGUGGAAUUGUGCUCACAGUAUAACUGAGCAUCGACGGCUUUAUCACAGUGUCCACUGUCCAGCAUGGGGAGCUUUCCAGGGGGCUAGACAACAUGUUCGUCCCACUUGUGCCGGGUUUCUCAACAUGCUCAUCAUUGUUGAAAGCCAAGAGAGCUACAGCCUCUCCUCUAUCUCAUCAAUGGCAACCAUAUGUUGCUGCUGCUCCUGAGACACAAAAACAGCCAUCCUUCUCCUACCCCCGCCCAUCGUAUUACAUCCUCCACGACGCCAUCUGUGACGCCUCUUCCUGUUGACUGCCUGGUCCAUUCUGUCCACCUCGCACCCAACGCCUCCUCUAAGACCGAUACCACGUUGAUUGACCUUACGACGUCUGUGGAACCGCGCAGACGUGCACGAUGCGGCCCUUUUGGACUUUGAUCGGCUUGCUGGGUGGAGUCAUGCUAUCGGCAGCGACUCCAUCAGAGCUCACAAUCCGAUAUGCAGAGGCUCUUGCUGCUGGUGAUGGAUCUGCCUCGCAGGAAUUGGUCGAUCCACAGGCAAAGAAGGCGGCUGCUCUCAAGUUAUUGGCAACCAUGCCAAAGUGCGGGUUGGUCUGCAUUGAAGAAGCAGUCGCGGCUUCGCCCUGCUCAUUCGAUGACACGCCUUGCAUCUGCAGCAAUACCACCAUAUCUGGUGAAGUGGCCAUGUGCAUGGCGGGCAGCUGCACAGUCAAGCAGACCCUCUCCACGAAGAACAUCUCAGACACCAUCUGCGAACAACCGAUCCGCGAUAAGUCUGACCUGGCCUAUGGCUCUGGCGUAGGAGGUGUCAUCUUUGCUAUUGUGGCGUGGGGUGUCCGGAUGAUUUCCAAGAUACACAUACAGAUCGGAGGCGAUCCAGUGAUCUCGCAUGAGCUGUGGUGGGACGACGCUGCGGUAACCAUCUCCCUGCUCUUCGUGAUCGGGUUUAGCAUCAUCUCAGUGCCAUUGACACGGCUUGGAUACGGAAGAGAUGUCUGGACAGUUCCCUUUCGGAACCUCAGCCCUAUGGUAAAGUUGAUGUGGGCGGACGAAAUCAUCUACGUGUUCGGACUCGGACUGGUGAAGAUUUCACUCCUGUUAACCUACUUGCGCUUCUUCUCCUCUGAUAAAUUCCGGCAAAUCACCUAUAUCGUAAUUGGGAUGAACGUGAUGUACGUCAUCUGCUACUUCAUUGUGGUGAUGUGCCAAUGUCGGCCAAUGUCGUACACCUGGACUCAGUGGGAUGGAGAGCACGAGGGAACGUGCCUGCCCAUCAAUCCCAUAGUCUGGUCUGCUGCCAUCAUCAACAUCUUUCUCGACUUCCUGGUACUUGGGCUACCAAUAGCCCAGCUAUGGAAGAUGAAUCUCAAUACCCGGAAGAAGCUCCUGGUGAUGCUCAUGUUCGGAAUGGGUUUCUUUGUCACCAUCACUAGUAUCCUGCGUCUGCGUGCCAUUGUUGGCUAUGGAAAGAACGGCAACUUCACUUAUGUUAGAGUCGAACCAGGACUCUGGUCCAAGCUGGAACUCCAGCUUUCGAUCGUGUGCGCUUGCAUGCCCGCGAUUCGCCAGGUGAUCCGUCGCUUCUCGCCGAGAUUGAUAGGAAGCACGCAAGGCUCGGCCUCUGCCACUGGCGUCAGCACGACCCAAUUAUCUGGUCGCACCAUCGCCAUUUCUCAGGAUGUCGGAAAGAGCACUGAUACGGAGCACUUUGUACCACUUAAAGAGUUGCGUCCAUCAGAGUCGAAGUCGCACCAUUCUGCUACGGUCUCGGAAACUGCGAAAAUGUGAUGCACAUGCCUUGCUGUGUCCUUGGGGGCCAGAGGGCAGGUUGACGCGGUGAGAUUGCAUACCCCAGGUACUAACUUGCGAGAUCGCGCUGAUGAUGGUUCCGUCCAGAUCUGCAGCUCAGAGACGGCAUGAGGGACGAGGCACAGGGUAGCCAUAAUCGUUUGCAAAGAGUAGGCUCAGCGGAGAGAGCCCGCCGGCGGCAGAGGCAUGCAUAACUUCCCAGGGCUGGAUCCCGAACGUACUCCUGAGAGUUCGAUGUUGGUCUACGGUUCACAGGGCUUCUGUUUCAUGUCCUGACAUCCAUGUCUGCCAACCCGAUGCUCCCCUGAACCUUAACAUUACAGGCAUUCUCAACUCAGACAUAGACCCGAAGCGGCCGACCAUCGUGCGAACUGGAGAUAUCUCAUUGAAUGAGUGCCGGUUCAUGGUUCUCCUUAUAGGGAGAUCCUAAAGGAGGAUGGUAUGAGUGGCGUACUCGGGGUGUUUGAUUGCUGGGUGCCAUAAUUGAACACCGCUAGCUUCCAGAUUCCAGAUCUAUCAAGCUGCACUUCAGAUGUCGUCUCAUGGCGAAUGUGGAGAUAGUCUUGUCGCUCUUGUGGACCGCCAUAUAUAUAUACUUAUAUAUGAGAUAUAUCAGAACUCAGUUGCGUCACCCGGCGCCGCCCCGUUCCAAUGGUCCAGAGUGUCCGUGCAUCUCAGUUGCGUGCGUUCGAUCUUCGUGGUCUUGAAAGCGAGUAGUUUGGAGCUGACGGGGAACUGGGUGCGAGUCGUGGCGGGGCAACAUGGCCAACGAUUGUAGACGCUGGACAGAAGCUCUUCCAUGCUCCCGCUUGCUUGCUUUCGACUCCAAGCAGCCGAUUCGGACUCAUGCCUCGAAAGGUGUCUUUCGCAGCGCAUUGUCCCCAUUGCCCAGGCCACCAGACAUGUCCCGAUCUGUCUCGUGCUUUGAUGAGCCAGUGAUGGUGCGAUUGGACGUAUCGUUCCAGAGGCCUGUCUGCUCCAGCACAUGUAGAUCCAUCACAUUCCCU